AUGUCGGGCUCUUCAGAUUCAGAGGUCGAUGUGCUCAUCGUGGGUGCUGGGCCAGCUGGGCUCAUGCUCGCGCUAUGGUUGUCACGGCUCGGCGUCAAGACCAGAAUUGUUGACAAGCGGACCGAUAAGGUUUUUUCAGGUCAAGCAGACGGAUUUCAGAUCCGUACACUUGAGAUCCUCGACAGCUUUGGCGUGGGAGAACGAGUAUGGAAGGAGGCGAAUCACAUGAUUGAGGUCUCUUUCUGGAAUCCCGAUGAGAAUGGAACCAUCAAGCGAAACAACACUGCACCCGACAACAUGCCAGGAAUGUCCCGCUUCACAGAAUGUGUGCUUCAUCAGGGACGAAUGGAAGCAUUCUUCAUGGAUGCCAUCGCCGCAUCAUACCCCCAUCCGACGGGUGUCCCGCCGCUCAAGGUCGAGCGCAUGGUUCUGCCGACCUCGCUCUCUAUAGAUGAGAGCAAAGCCGACGAUGAUGACGCAUACCCCGUGACGGUCACCCUCCGACACCUGACGGAGGAGGAGGCAACGCCCACGCAAAAGCUGAGCAACUUGAGCGACGGCUUGUUCCGGAGCAAUCUGGCGGGCGAUGAUGUUGAGGCCAUGCUCCAGAAGAGCGAAGCUCGAGGCGGUGCCAGAGAAGAGACCAUCAAGGCAAAGUAUGUUGUGGGAUGUGACGGUGCACACAGUUGGACGCGCAAGGCGUUGGGACCCGACUAUGAGAUGCAGGGCGAGAUGACUGACUAUAUCUGGGGUGUUUUGGACAUUGUGCCAAUCACUGAUUUCCCCGAUGUCAGAAACCGCUGCAUGAUCCAUAGCGCUUCGAAUGGCAGUCUCAUGAUCAUUCCUCGUGAGAACAAGCUGGUGCGCCUCUACAUCCAGCUCUCCGAGGUGUCCACUGGUCAGGGACGGUUUGACCGCAGCAAGAUUACGCCGGAACUCAUCUUUAACGCGGCCCGCAAGAUCAUCAGCCCAUACAAGUUGGAUUACCACUAUUGUGACUGGUGGACGGCAUACCAGAUUGGCCAGCGUGUGGGCAACCACUUCAGCAAGCACGAUCGUGUCUUCCUCGCCGGAGAUGCGGUGCACACGCACAGCCCAAAGGCCGGUCAGGGCAUGAACGUCAGUAUGGGAGAUGCCUACAACCUAGGCUGGAAGCUGGGGCUGGUUUGCAAAAAUGUCAUGCAGCGCAGUAUCCUGUCGACCUAUGAACUUGAGCGGAAACAGAUUGCCAAAGAGCUCAUUGCUUUUGACCACAAGUUCUCAAGGCUGUUCUCUGGACGGCCGGCCAAGGACAUUCUUGACGAGACGGGCGUUUCCAUGGAGGAGUUUAGCAAGGCCUUUGAGAUGAGCCACAUGUUCACGAGUGGUGUCGGAGUCGACUACUCACCUUCAGCCCUGGUUUCCAAGCCAGAAGAGCAACGCCUGAUUCCAGAGGAAGAUGACCAAGAAAUCAAGUCGGAUCAACAGGCAGUCCCGAGCAACGCGCAAAGCACCCUCGAUCUUGCCACCCACUGCAAGCCGGGUACGCGAUUCCCAUCGUUCCAGGUGGUGGCCCAAAGCGGUGCCCGACCAUGGCAGCUCCACCACAAGAUGCCCUCAGAUGGACGCUUCCGCGUCUUUGUCUUUGGCGGCGACGUUUCUCAGGCAUCCCAGCGCGACCUCGUAAACACUUUUGCCGCCGAGCUGUCCGCCGGCGUCAUCACCAAGGCCCCCAAGGCCUCGCUCUCGCCCGGGGCCGACCCUCACGCCGGAACGCUGCGCUUCAAGAUGGACCAGCCGCCUAGCGUGAUUGACGUGCUGCUCGUCCACAAUGCCAAGCGGAUGGAAAUCGAGACCCUGCGGGACUUGCACGAGGUGUACCACCCCUUUGACUCCAAGCUCGGCUGGGACUAUGACAAGGUCUUUGUCGAUGGCGAGAGCUACCACGACGGCCACGGCCACGCCUAUGAAGGCUACGGCGUUGAUCCGCAAAAGGGAGCCGUGGUGGUGGUCCGGCCGGAUGGAUACGUUGGUCUGGUCACGAGCCUCGACGAAGCUGGCCGCAAGGAGGUCGAGAAGUGGUUCGGGGGUGUUCUCAGGAUGGCAUAG